AAUGGUGUACCAAUUGUUCUUUCUGAAAACCUUUUAUAAAGAAAAUGUACAGCUGUAAUCAUGACGAAGAAUAUUAUUACCACAAACAAUUCCAUACGGGAAGUGCAUACAGAAUUACUAGAUAAACUUUUAGAUUUUAUCAAAUAUGACGGUGGACUUGAUCGGUGGAGGUUAUUUAUUGGACGCAUCACAGGAGCUCCGUAUCCAAAAGGUGACGUGGUGGAAGAUUUUAACACUCUGGAGGCAAAAGGACAUUUGGCACCUGGAAAAUAUGAUGAACUUUUAAAACAUUUCGGUAAAUGUGAUCAAAGAGCGAUCGAAUACAUCGAAGAGGCUCAGAAAAAAAUUAAUGAAUUAAGAGAACAUUUGAAAGACGUCGACAGUUCAGAGCCAUUAAUCGGCAGAAUUAUAAGUCGCAGUGAAUGGGGAGCAACACAACCAGGGGGAAAGGUAGAUAAUUUACAACACAUUCCAAGGUACGUCAUUAUAUCACACAGUGGUCCAAACAUCAACGCAUUCACAGAACAACAAUGUGCAGAAGAAGUACGUUCAUACCAGACCUACCAUAUUUAUAACAGAGGAUGGUCUGAUAUUGGAUACAAUUUCUUGAUUGGAGAGGAUGGGAAUGUAUAUGAGGGUCGUGGAUGGGGUAAGGAAGGGGCUCACACCAAAGGACUAAAUAAAGAUAGCAUAGGUAUUUGCUUCAUUGGAAACUUUGAUGAACGUCUUCCAAAUCAGAGAGCACUUAAAGCUGCUAAAGAUCUGAUUCGAAGGGGUGUGGAAGAAGGCAACAUACGAACUGAUUUCAUUCUGAAGGGACACAGAGAUUUCAGUAAUACUGCAAGUCCUGGAGAAUGCCUGUAUCAAGAUUUGCAGAAGUGGUCUUUUCAUCAUGGAAAUUGAUAUAAGUCAUAUCUAAAGAGAUUACUCGGUAUGUAAUGUUGUUUCAAGCUACUAUUUUGAAGUGAAUACUUCAAAUAAAUUGACAUUCUUUUGUACUUCCAUGCAGGGCUUAACAUAUACAUGUAACUCAUUUACAUAAAAAAGAUUUAAUAAUUACAGAACAACGCCUUAACAAUUCGGAGCAUUGUAAUAUGAAAAAAAAAAACUGACGGACACACUCAAACAUGGAAAAAGAAUACAAUAUACAUAAAAGUUGAAUGGUCAAAUAAUUAUUUGUUUUUCUUGGUGAUGCGACCUAUUAGGCGAUAGCAAUUUUGUAUUUAUAAAUUGAUUCACUUUUAACCUAGAUUCGUUUCUUCGAAUCGAAACAUUUGGAAGGUCUAGACUGUUAAGGUCACAUAUGAUGUCAUAUAUUAGUGAAAAAAUUGAAAUCACAAAAUUUUAUCAAAAUUAAUAACAUAAAAACCUACGACUUUUCAGCCCCAUUUACAACCUUUCCCCUAGUUUUGUCAUCAUUGAUAUUAUCCUGCUUUUUCAGAAUGGAACUCGGAAAUUUACUUACCUUGUCAUUGAUUAUUUGCAAAAUUAUUUUGUUUAAAAACAAUGUGCUUGAACACAAGAGUACUCUGAAGUUCAUAUUAAAAAGAUGCUUGUCUUAA